UAGAAUGCACUGCUUAGUGGUUUGUUCGUGACAGAAUUCAUUAAAUUGCAAUGGCGGAGAAUUAGUAAAGUGGUCGAAUUUAUUUACUAUUUGCUCUGUCAUCACGUUGAGAUUAACUUUCGUUCAGUUUCCCAUAACAAAUUAUGGACAGUAAUAAAGAUGAGGCAGAACGGUGCAUGGAACUUGCUGAACGAUAUCUCCGCGAGAAAAAAUACGAGGAGGCCGAAAAAUUUGUACGUAAAGCACAAAAACUUUAUCCAACGAUGAGGUCUGAAGAUGUGUUAGCAAAAGUGGCAAUGCUUUUGAAACAAAAUCAAAAGUCUGAGCCUGAACCUACUGUUAGAAAACGUCAUACAGCACCUAAGGAAGCUUCGCAUGUUCAAGCUUCCACUGAUUAUACAAAGGAACAACUUGAACACGUUAAAAGAAUUAAGAAAUGCAAAGAUUAUUACGAAAUUUUGAAUGUUACUAAAGAAGCAACUGAUAGUGAUAUAAAGAAGGCAUAUAAAAAGCUAGCACUUCAGUUACAUCCAGAUAAAAAUAAAGCUCCGGGUGCUGCUGAAGCUUUCAAAGCUAUUGGCAAUGCUGUUGCUAUUCUUACUGAUGUGGAAAAGAGGAAACAAUAUGACAUGUAUGGUCCUGAAGAGGAAAGGAUGCAGAAUGUUCAUGGACGUCAAAAUCACUCGCAUUAUAACUACACAAGAGGAUUUGAAACUGAUAUUACGGCAGAAGAAUUGUUUAAUAUAUUCUUUGGCGGAGGAUUCCCGCAACAGGAAUUUUAUAUGAGACGUCCAGGUGGAAGAUGGAUGAGACAACAAGAUGUACAAGCUCAGCAUGCUCAUUCUCAGCAAGCAAACGGAUAUACUACAUUCCUUCAGAUGUUGCCUGUUUUGUUAUUAAUAUUGUUGACCAUGAUGAGCAGUUUCUUCAUCUCAGAUCCUGUAUAUAGUUUACAUUCUAACACAAAAUAUUCUUUAAUGAGAACUACUCAAGGAUUAAAGGUGCCAUACUAUGUUAAAGAAAACUUUCACACUGAAUAUCAAGGCAGCUUAAGAAGACUAGAAAUUUCUGUUGAAGAAGACUAUCUGCAUAAUUUAAGACAUGCAUGUUAUAGAGAGAAAACUUAUAAGGAAACAAUGAUGUGGAAAGCAAGGAACUUUGGAGAUCAAGAUUUAUUUCAGAAAGCUAAAAAUAUCGAUAUGCCCUCGUGUAAAAAGAUAGAAACAAUGCAAGGAGCAUAGCGGCACUAUGUAAUUUAAUAGAAUUCUAUUGUAGAUAGGUGUAUAUUGUAUUUACACGUGUGUAGUUGCUGUUGGAUGGAAUGAAGAGUAUCAAAUAUAAUAUAGGGACUAUAUUAUGUUUCUUCGCAUCCAAAUUUGUAAAUUAUACUAGUCCUUGGUCUGUUAUGAACUUUCACAUAGGUCGUUUGAGCUGUUCCAUACUCAAAUUGUAAAUUAUUUGAUACAGAAUUAAUUGUAAUAGCGUGUAUGGGGAAUCUGAGCAUGAAAUAUGAAUUAUUGAUAUUUAAUUUAACCGAAAUAACGUAUAAUUUCUAGUUGAUUAGACCGAAGGAUGUAAUUUUACGGUACAGGAACUACACGUUUAUUAAUUUACAUAUAAUAUUAGAUUAAAUUGUUUAUUUCCUAUCGUUACACGAGAAAAUAGAAUCUACUGAGGAGCGUAAUUAGAGGUAAAUGUGAUUUUGAAGUAUUUCCCAUGAUUUACGAAUACCCCUGUGCAGUUUGGAUGGUAAAAUACACAUCGAUUCUUGCCAUGUUGCUUAUGCCACUGAUUGAAAAUUUUGUGACGAUAAAUUUCUACACUAACGUUGAUACAAUGGUAUCGAUGACAUCUAAUGUUGCGACAUUGAAGCUGCUUAUACAUGAAAAUGUCGUAGACGAUGAGAAAGUUUAGAUAACUCAUUGAACUUAAAUAUUAAUCGCAUAAUAUAGAAAUAUAUAAAUUGCACGAAAAGAUAAGCUAAAAUGAUUGAUAUUAUAAAAAAAAGGAAAUUAAAUUAUUGCAAGCAUUUUUUUAGAUAAAAAAAAAAAAGAGGACAAAUUGUUUCGAGGUUCAAUGAACAGAUUCAAUUUUCAAGGUCUAGAUUGAUCGCAGUGACGCUUAAAUUAAAACAAAUUUGUGUGUUUCCGCGAUGGAAAGCAAGCAAGUUCGCAAUAUUUGUAUCCGAGAUUCGUAAUGUAAAAAUACCGAUGUUAUCAAAAAUUUGCCUCGAUUUACUUUAAGGAUAUUUUCUUCGAUGCAAUAUGCAGGGCAUUUCAGUAAUCGGCAAACGAUAAUUCGGGUGGCCCAUUAUGCAAAAAACGAAUCGAAAAACAAACGUUGAAUGUACGUGGAUCAGUAUCGUCUGAGAAGUUAUGCUGUGACAACUUCUGAGAUAGGUGGAAUAUGAUCUUUGUUAAUGUUAGUUUAAAAUAUUUCAGGCUUCCACGGUCCAGGUUCCGACUUGCAUCGAAAUUCUUUAAAUCUGGACUUGAAGAUUUUCAAAGAAUGGCUAUACCCGUUUGUAUUAUGAUUACUGGGGCACUCUGUAUGGCACCUAUUACUAUUGUCAUAAAAAGAAAUGCACGUUAUUAGAUGUAUGUAUAAGCGACAAAAGGAAACGAGAUAGUUUGCGAUGCAUACGUUGUUUCGCCGUUGAAAUUAGUAGAAUGAAAGUCGCGGAGAGGAAGUAACCAGAGACAUUUAAUUUUAAUUUGUGAAGUUGUAAUAAGUGACCUUCGUUAAGCAGGAAAAUAGCACAUGCCAUCGCGAACGAUAAAGUUUUAUACGUAUAGAUACAACAUUGAACAGGAGAACAUUUCUAUACGAUCAGCCUGUAACGCGUGUCUCUUAUUUAUAAAUUACAAUGUUGCGUACGGAUAAUACGAGGCGACGAUAAACUCGCUUCGAGAGAAACUUUUCUACACGUGACACUGGAGCUUUUUCAACACCGAUUGUUAUCGUCUCGAUUGAUCCAGCGAUAGAUCGAUAUAAAAAAUUGUAGAUUUUGAAAUAUUUAUCCAUACCUAUCUUCGGAUUACACACGUCGAAUGUGUUUCACGAUUUGGUACAGCCCUUAUACGUUUAAUGGCACUUAUUUAUCCGAAUCAUUACUCUAUAUUGUAUAUGUCAAAGUAUUUUAAUUAGCUUCGAAAUAAAGAAACUUCGAACACCUGUCGU